UUCACUCUAACAACAGAAAGAGGACAUGCACAGCAAUCAAAGCACUGAGGAUGUGUUGGAAUGCGCUGCAUUAGAAGAAGCAAAUGUUGGAAGAAGCCUUGGCCCUUGCAUCGAUCAAUCCCGUAGACGUGCCUGUUAUUACUGUUUUGCAAUCUUCAAUCAUGGUACGUUUCGUUGACAGCUAUUCGAUGUUGUUGCCAAGUUUGACUGCCACGUGGGCCCGAUUAACGAGAGAUUUUUGUCAUUGUCUCCUCUUCUUUCUGACUCUGUAUCUAAUUCCUUGCUCUCCCUCCCAGAAUCCAAAUACUGCAAUGUAUAAUGUAUUAUAGAAAGCAAAACUGAACCAUUUGCUUUGAAACACUAAACCACGGUUUUCUCGGGCUUAGGUGGGUUUGACCGAGACACACCAAAACCCAAAGCCAACCUUGGAAACAGCCCAACCCAAUGCACCACACCACAGUACUCUUUCUAUCCAGCAGCCUGUUUUAGCCAGGAAGCCAUACCCCAGUACCACAAAAGCACUACACGUACCACACACACAGUGAUAUAUAUAUAUUAAUAUAUAUAUAUAUAGCUUAGCGCUCCCUGCAACAUUUCUUAAAUUUUCUGAGGAAAAAAUGGCUGAUGGGGAGGGUUUUGAGGGGGACCAUGAAGGCACCAGCACUACUGCUACUUCUUUCUCUCAGUUACUGUUUGCAGAUGAUGAUGUUGUCAGUCUUGAUAUGGGUCAGAGCUUUUACUUCAACACUACUACUUCCACUGAAAGGCCACCCAAAAUGCUCUGCUUUGGGAGCUACGAAAAUGAAGAUGAAUUGGUAAUUGCCACCUCCUUCGAUGGGGCCAGUGCCACUAAGAAAUGCAGUACACCUCAGAAAUCAAAGGCAACAACCAAGUCAAGGGUGACAUGCACUGCUACUGCUACUGACUCCUCUUCAGCUUCUUCAGGCAACAAUGGCAGUACUACUGUCACUACUCUUUCCAAAUCCAGUAGAAAACGAGGGUCUGGUCAAGAGCCGGUGCAGGGCAUUGCAAAACCAGCAAUAGGGCUAAGAAGCUCGAAGGUCGAAACAGAGAGUCCACCAUCAACUGGGCUUAAAAAGGUGAGGAGAGAGAAGCUAGGGGAGCGAGUUGCCACACUGCAGCAUCUUGUUUCUCCAUUUGGGAAGACAGAUACGGCAUCAGUUCUCCAUGAAGCGAUGGGAUAUAUCAAGUUCUUGCAGGAUCAGGUUCAGGUUCUCUGCUCUCCUUACCUGCAACACCAAUCUGAGGGCGGAGAGAACGGAGAAGAAGAAUCAAGGAAAGAUCUGAGGAGCACGGGACUGUGUCUGGUCCCAGUGGCGCACACCGUACACGUGGCAAGCAGCAACGGUGCUGAUUUCUGGUCAUCUUCUGUGGGUAACCAGUGAUAUAUUGGAGCCUGAUUUUGACAAGAAAUGGUUUAAAAAAAAAAAGCCAGUGAAUAGUUAGACGUUGUAAUAGAUAAUGGAAGGAUAGGUAAAAAAAACUCUUGCUCCUAUUUUUGGGUGUAAAAAUAAAAUAGAUGAGCAACUUUGAGAGUGGAGUGAAAACGGUUAAGAAGGAUGAAGGAGGGCGGAGGCUCCUCCUAUUUUUUCCCAGGGUUAAGGGACGUGUAAAA